AUGGGGAACUUAGGGUUCUCCACGCCCUUCGAUGAAAACAUCAUGAGGGUUCUUACCCCUCGAAAAGUUAAGGUUCCCCCUAUCGAUCACUAUGAUGGGAUCACCAAUCCUAUCGACCAUCUUGCCGCCUUCAAAGCGCAAAUGAGCGUCCAGACCAGCAGUGAGGCAGCCUGGUGCAAGUUCUUCCCAACUACUCUAAAGGGCUUGGCCUUAACCUGGUUCACCGAGCUUCCUUCCGGGAGUAUAUCGAGUUUCACUGCCCUCAAGGCCGCCUUCAAGCAGAAUUUUAUCACAGGAAGAAGACAUCGAAAGACCAGUAUCCACCUCAUGUCGAUCAGACAGCGAAGAGAAGAAGACCUAGCCGAAUACAUCAAGAGAUUCAAUGAAGAGUCACUCAAAGUCUCCGAUCUACAAGAGAGCGGUACAUUCACCGCGCUCAUGUCUGGGUUAUACCCCUCGAGUAGGUUCAAACUAAAGCUCGUAGAGAGUGAAGCCUCGUCCUUCUCCGAAGCCAUGAACCUAGCUCAAAAGUUCAAUCAGGCCUCCGACAUUAAAACACACGAAGAACCUAACUCCGGAAAGAGAAAGCACGAGUACACCUCUCGAGCGGAUAACCUUAGAGAUGUCCCUCAGAAGGAAAAGGACAAAAAGCCUCGAUUAGAAAAUCACUGGAAUGACCCACGAUACAACUUGAAUCAAAGAGAGAUCUACUUGGAUAUCAAGGGGAAGUACCCUCUGCCAAAGCCCGACCCCAUUCGAACGUCAGCCAGCAAGCGAGAUAAGAGGCUCUAG